AUGAAGAUCUCCAUUGCCGCUGCCCUUGGUCUCCUCGCCAUUGCCGCCUCUACUGCCGAGGCCGUCAAGGUCAACCCCUUGCCCGCCCCCGUCACCAUCAGCUGGGGCAAGACUGGCCCUAUCAAGGUCAACAACAACUUCAAGAUUGUCGGUCCCAAGCACGAUGUCCUCACCAAGGCCUACGCCCGCACUGCUGCCCUUAUCAAGGAGGAGCGCUGGAUCCCCCAGACCUGGGAGCAGGCCGCCGGCGAGUUCCCUCCCUUCCCCACCCUCUCCAAGCGCGGCGAUGAAGAGUCUGCCUUUGAGGCUUACAACAACGGCGGAAACAAAAACAAGGCCAUCAACACUUUCACCGUCCAGGUCUCCGACUUGAAGGCCGACCUCCAGAUGAGCGUCGAUGAGUCCUAUACCCUUGACGUCACCGCAGCAGGUCAGGGUAUUAUCAAGGCCAAGACUCCCUGGGGCGCUCUCCAUGCUCUCAACACCCUCACCCAGAUCAUCAUCGACGACGGCAAGCACGGUCUCCAGAUCGAGGAGCCCGUCCACAUCGAGGAUGCCCCCAAGUACACUCACCGUGGAAUCAUGCUUGACACUGCCCGUAACUACUACCCCAUCAAGUCUCUCAUGAAGCAGAUUGAUGCUCUCUCCUGGGCCAAGCUCAACGUCUUCCACUGGCACAUUACUGACACCCAGUCGUGGCCCCUCGAGAUCAAGAAGUACCCCCAGAUGCUCAAGGAUGCCUACUCCCCCCGUGAGAUCUACUCCCAGCGCGACAUUGCCGCCCUCAUCAAGUACGGUCGUGAGCGCGGUGUCCGUGUCAUUCCCGAGAUCGACAUGCCCGGCCACUCUGCCUCGGGAUGGCUCCAGGUCGACAAGAAGGCCGUCACCUGCGCCGAUUCUUGGUGGGACAACGAUGGCUGGACUCAUCACUCUGCCGUCCAACCCAACCCCGGUCAGCUCGACAUCUCAUACGAUGGCACCUACAAGCUCAUCAAGGACAUCUACUCCGAGGCCGCCAACCUCUUCAAGGACAACGUCUUCCACGUCGGUUCCGAUGAGCUCAUGACCUAUUGCUUCAACUACUCCGAGUCGGCCAUGGACUGGUUCAAGCAGCGCCCCGGUGCCACCUACCCCGACUUUGCCCAGUACUACCUCGACAAGGCUCUCCCCAUCUACAUGGACAAGCCCGCGCGUCGCCUGAUGAUGUGGGAGGACAUCGUCCUCUCGCCUGACAUGCCCGCCAAGGAGGUCCCCAAGGACAUCAUCAUGCAGACCUGGAACUCUGGCACCGCCAACAUCAAGAAGCUCGCCGAAAAGGGUUACGACAUUGUUGUCUCCUCGUCCGAUUUCUUUUACCUCGACUGCGGUAACGGAGGCUAUGUCACCAAUGACCCCCGCUACAACGUCAACGAGCCCCCAGUUCUCCCCGAGGCUGUCAGUGACGCCAUGGAGGCCAACCCCAGCGACUACAGCGCCACCACGAUCAACUACCUCGGCAUGGGUGCUUCUUGGUGCGCCCCCUACAAGACCUGGCAGCGUAUCUACUCGUAUGACUUCACCAAGGGCUUGACCGCCGAAGAGGCCAAGCACGUCAUUGGUGGUGAGGUUGCUCUCUGGUCCGAGCAGUCGGAUGCCACUGUUGUCGAGAGCAAGGUCUGGCCCCGUGCUGCUGCGUUGGCCGAGUUGCUCUGGUCCGGUAACCGCAACGCCGAGGGCUACAAGCGCGCAACUGAGCUGACUGCCCGUAUUUCGGACUACCGUGAGCGCAUGGUCGCCCGUGGCCACGGUGCCCAGCCCAUCGUCCCCAAAUACUGCCUCCAGCACCCCCACCACUGCGAUCUCUUCCGCAACCAGACUGCCUGGGGCAAGUAA